AUGCCUAUCACAGGAGUAUUCUUUGUUCCCUCCAACCCCAAUGCUUCCACAGCCCUAGCAACUGUGACAGAACGCCUGCACACUGCCUUGGCCGAUGAGCCUAUCCCAGUGGGCCGCUGGGCCAUGGAACAUAAGCUGAUGCGAGAUACCCCUUCUUGUCUCCCUGCAUCAGCAUCCCAGCGACCAGCGCAUCCCAGAUACAUGCAGUUUCUCUCUCUGUCUUAUCACUCGAAUCACGGAUUCAUCUACACGUCCCCGUCGGCGGGCGGAGCCCAGAAUCCUAACGCUCCGCAAGUACCGCCCGCAGGGAACCCUGUCGCUGCGGCAAGUCCUCCUGCAGCCUCUGAUGGUGCUGGAGCCACGGCUCCUGGGGCAUCACCCACGGGCUCGUCGAUGAUUAUGACGACCGUGCCGCUACCCUCGUACGGGACUCUCUAUCAGCAUUUCGUCUACGCUUGUCAACCGUUCUGGUGCCACCGACACACUGUCACGGUUCCUGGAGGUAUGGUCUACGAUGUGGGUGACUUUCGAGUCCGAAUCGGCGAUGUUCGACAAACGCAGCCUUCGGCUCGAGUUCGAGGCACCGUCGUCGAGGUGGAAUGGAGAGGUCCGUCGCUGGUGUCGUCGAUCGCCUCGCAGGACUCUCAUAACCGCAAGGCCAGCGAAGAGGAACAGGCGAGCGACGAUGAUGCUGACUCGGGAAUCGACUUGACCUUUUCGGCGAUCGAGGAAGCGGAUAUCGAUGCCGAGUAUGCGGCCACGGCUACGCUUAUCCGUGAGUUCUGGGCUCGACUGGGUAUUGACGGGGCGCGGGAAGCAAUCCUUGUCCCAGAUUUUGGGAAAGAAGUGAAAGAUCAACUGCGGAGACUGAGGCAGCAGGACAAGCGGGGAACGCAGAGUGCGGCUGAUCGAGGAUGGUCAUGGCAACAGGAUGAGGACCCCGACCCGGAAGCUGGAGUUGAUCUGGCGAGACAGUUUAUGGAGAUUUUCAGAUUCAACCGAUAA